UGGUGAGUCUAUCCCCGAGAGUGUGGCUCCUCCUUCUCCCAUGAUACAACACAGUGGUGAGUCUAUCCCCGAGAGUGUGGCUCCUCCUUCUCCCAUGAUACAACACAGUGGUGAGUCUAUCCCCGAGAGUGUGGCUCCUCCUUCUCCCAUGAUACAACACAGUGGUGAGUCUAUCCCCGAGAGUGUGGCUCCUCCUCCCAUGAUACAACACAGUGGCAUUUGAGAAUUCAUCAUGUCAGGUGACAAUGAUCAUCAUAAGGUGUUCACCAAUGACCCUCUGUGGCACCAGUCCAUGCUCCACUGUCGAGUAGCAGUUACCACCACCAACCACACACAACACACUGGCUGGGUCUAUACUAUUGACCCAGUGUCUGAGAGUGUGAUUCUAGUGGAAUUUGAUGACAAGGAUGGUAAAGAAGUGAUCAUCUUGUCAGGAUAUAAUGUGGAAAACGUUAAGGUUAUCAACAGCAACCCACCUGAAGGCCUAGCUUCCACCAUUGGCAACCUUUUUAAGAAGGAACAGGUUCACUACAGUAACCAAGAGUUAACAGCAAGGCGGGAGUCUCUGUGCGUCUGGCUGGCAGAAAAUCGUGUGCCUUACACUGUGAGAGAGGACAUGGGGAUACAAGUGCUUCAAGUGGCAGUUAUAUCACAGCCAUAUGAGCCUGAGUCUGUUCAGUGUACCAAUGAGGUUGUUCUGGACAAAGUGAUGAAAUUAGUACAACAAAUGCCCAUUCCUGGCAACACCACCAGUAGUGACACCACAGGUAUAGAGUGCACAAGCAGAGAUGUUCGGAAGGAUAUGAAGUGAUGUGAUGGUGUUGUAAAGGAUUUUAUCUCUGCUGCUGCCAUGUACAGUAGCUAAAACAACUAUCUGUGCAGGUGGGGGGUCGAUAUGCUCCAAAAUUUUACGUGUGACUAGUGACAGCCCUCAUAUACCAAAAUUUAUAGUCCAUGGUCUCAUAUUGUUUUCCACAAAGUAUGCACAGAUAGUUGUUUUAGCUACUGUACAUACAGUAUUAGUUAACUCCUUACAAGUGCUGUGCUGUACAGUAUUACUAAAACAAAGUAAAACUAUUACACUUGUUCUGUUCAGAAGUGAAGGGUAUGAUAACCCUUCCUCAUAAAAGAUAUCUGAUCUAAA